AAAACAUGUUGGGGACAGACAUUUUAAACAAAGCUGAUCAGUCUGUUUGUGGAGACAGAUAGAUUAGGCUGCAUUCUUACCAUACAUUUUUUUUGGAAAAUUCCUCCCUAGCUCAAUAUCAAUCCCAAAAAAUGACACUGGCAGAUCCAAUUGUCAUACUGCUGCUAUUUGUGGUAACUUUUGUCUCUAUUCUCACUGUGAAAAGGGGCUGGAAUAAGAGAGCCUGCCUGAAUUCCCCUCCAGGACCACGACCUUUACCCAUCCUUGGAAAUCUCCACCAGCUGAACCUGAAGAGACCUUACCGAACUUUGCUUGAGCUGUCUGAGAAAUAUGGCCCAGUCUUCAGCAUUCAGAUGGGACCCAAGAAUAUGGUGGUGCUGUCGGGAUACAAGAUGGUGAAGGAGGCUCUUGUGAACCAGGCAGAUGCAUUUGCAGAAAGGCCUAAAAUCCCAAUAUUUGAAAAAUUUGCAAGAGGAAAUGGUAUUAUUUUUGCUCAUGGUGAAAACUGGAAAGUGAUGAGAAGAUUCACUCUCACGACCUUACGGGAUUUUGGUAUGGGCAAGAGGACCAUUGAGAACAAAAUCCUGGAAGAAUGCGAUUAUCUGAUAAAGGAUUUUGAAUCCCACAAAGGAAGCGCCUUUGACACCAUGAAGAUGAUGAAUGCUGCCGUGUCCAAUGUCAUUGUGUCGAUAAUGCUUGGACACCGGUUUGAUUAUGAGGAUCCAAAGUUUCUCAGGCUUAUCCAUUUAAUUAAUGAAAGUGUCCGGCUCUCUGGGAGUCCCAUGGUUACGCUGUUCAAUAUGUUUCCCGCCCUUGGGUUCCUACCAGGAAAUCACAAGACUAUCUUUAAUAAUCUGGAAGAACUGUACUCCUUUACUGAGCAGACUUUCAUCAAACACCUGAAGCAAUUAGAUCCCAAUGACCAGAGAAGUUUCAUUGAUGCCUUUCUCAUCAGGCAGCAGGAGGAAAAAUCUAAUCCCAAUACCCAUUUCAAAAAUGAGAAUUUGCAAAGCCUUGUGAGUAAUCUGUUCACAGCUGGGAUGGAAACAACUUCCACCACACUCCGCUGGGGCCUUUUGCUUAUGAUGAAAUACCCAGCCAUUCAGAAAAAAGUCCAUGAAGAGGUUGAAAGAGUUAUAGGAUCUGCCCAGCUUUGUUAUGAACAUCGGAUACAAAUGCCAUAUACGGACGCUGUCAUCCAUGAAAUUCAGAGGUUUGCUAAUAUCCUGCCAAUGAGCUUGCCUCAUGAGACUACUGAGGAUGUCAGACUUAAUGGCUAUGUUAUUCCUAAAGGUACUUAUAUCAUCCCCUUACUGGCCUCUGUGUUGUAUGACAAGACUCAGUGGGAGAAGCCUGGAGAAUUCUAUCCUCAGCAUUUCCUCAGCACAGAUGGAAAGUUUGUGAAGAAUGAGGCAUUCAUGCCUUUUUCAGCAGGUCGGAGGAUCUGUGCAGGCGAGACUCUUGCCAAAAUGGAGCUCUUCCUCUUCUUUACAAGCCUCCUGCAGAGGUUCACUUUCCAUCCUCCUCCUGGAGUUACCAGCUCAGACCUGGACCUCACCCCGGCGGUUGGGUUUACCACGCCCCCAAUGCCCCAUAAGGUCUGUGCUGUGCCAUGCAGAUAAACUACCGCUUCUUGGGAAAGUCACACAAAUUCAACCUCACUUCAUCCUACUGCUUAUCCCUCCCAGAUACAGCCAGUUACAUGGGACCUAUCUUUAUUUGCAGUACCUAUAGAUAUCUUAACAGUAUUAUACUCUAUGCCUUGGAGACCACUGUAACCUGCUAAUUUCUACCAGAAAACAAUAAAACAUAUAUAACUCUU